AUGCGCAAUGGGAUGCCUCGAUGCACGCUGAUAGCCGCGAAGACUAAGGUAGCGCCGUUAAAACCCCUCUCAAUACCGAGGCUAGAAUUGCAGGCAGCCUUAAUCGGCUCCCGACUGCUGGACAACAUUUGUAAGGCGCUGACGAUACCAGUGGCUGCUCGAUACCUCUGGUCAGACUCGACGACCGUCCUUGCGUGGUUGAAAUCCGAGACACGACGAUAUCAUCAAUUCGUCGGCUUCCGGGUAGGAGAAAUUCUGAGCACGACUACCGUGGACGAGUGGCGAAAGGUACAAUCAAAAGUGAACGUAGCGGAUCAAGCAACGAAGUGGAGAGACGGACCCAGUUUCAGACCCGACGGCUGGUGGUAUGUAGGACCGACUUUCCUGAUGAAACCGGACGAGAACUGGCGAAAGGGCAUUUCGGAGGAUUUUUCGACGGCAGAGGAUUUGCGAACGGUCUUUCUACAUCAUCGAGUCACACCACCGCCGGUGAUAAAUUUUCAACGAUUCUCCAAGUGGUCGAGGCUACAGCGGACGACCGGAUACGUUGUUCGUGCGACAAAGGUGUUCCUGGGUAUGAAUGCAAAGGGUUCACUUACGCAAGAAGAGUUGCGAAGGGCCGAAACUCUGAUCUGGCAGCAGGUGCAGAAGCAGAGCACCCGGACGCGGAGCCGAAGCAGAUGGCAGGAUCGAGCGCGUUGUACACGAUGA